GUUGCCAGGGUCCAUGCAAGGUGCGUGUGUGCUUGGUGGUAACUGGAUUGUCUGGGCAGGGAAGGAAAUAACGUUUCCGUUAUGAUAUUGCCCUGAAUGAAUACACCUUUUGUACAAAGAUUUAUCGAGACAUUGUUGACACAUACGGGUCUGUUCAGUCACCAAAAUGCCUGAGAAACCAAGCUCCGCGUGUGCCUCCGACGGUCUGGAAGCCUUGGGGAUCUUUGAUGAGGAAUUUCCCGAUAAUGUUUCCAUUAGUGACCUGUGCGACUGUGGUCGCUGUAAACGGAAACAUGCCAACAAACCAAUAAUUGCCCAGCACAAAGGCCCCUUUCCCAAGACAGACUACAUGUCUACCUAUGAGGCUGUGAAGCACCCAAGACCCCGGUCAUCCAAACGUCCUCCAAUGACAGCAAGGGACCCAAGGCCACUGCCCAUGUUUUUGUCAACAAAUCAGAAGGAUGACUUCAAGGAUUUAGGUCAUGUGGAAAGAGUCAAGCCAAUUGUGCAUGAAGACACCUACGAGCCGUCAACGGAACCGCUGGAUGGUCUCACCUAUUAUGCACAAGAGUUUACAGCUAAACAGGUGAAGUCAGAGCCGGCCGUCCGACAGAUGUCUCGACGAGAGCUCAUCCACCGGGAACCCGCGCAGUUUGAUGACACAACCACCAACAAGCAACACUUCAAGCGAUGGGUGCCCCAACCUGCUCUCACCUUUGGGGAACUGCCCAGUUUCACUGGAUCAAUCUUGUUCCCUCAACGAGAGAACCUACCUGUAUCCACCAUGCGUCAAUCCUUCAUGGGAACAUGGCAGCCACCGGCAGCUCAGAUCAAAGCUGCCGACGCGAGCAUUAAGCUAGAGGGUAAUCAAGUAUUUGACACAACACACAAUGCGACCUAUCAGAAGAUUGACGGUGACCACCGGGCAAAACAGCUGAUCCAGAAGGACACAACUCCGCUGCAGAAACGCGGUCAGUUUCUGGGCAAGAGUCAGACGAUGGACGACUUUGGUGGCUACCGCGGUGGUCAACCCCGCCCACCACGGGCUAUGGAUCCACCGCCAGCGACCAUUGACCUGAAGUUUAACAACAAGAGAAGUUUUUCAACGGAAAACAGAACCAUUUACCGCGGCCAUAAUGUCAUGCAACAUCCAGCUCCUAUUUCAUGCAAAAAAGAGGAUGAAGAAUACAAAUUGCCCUCUGUCAAGUUUGAGACAGAAACUUCUCAGAAGAGAGACUUCCAGCCUAUUGAACUGAAGAGUUCCGACUACUCCAAGAUCAAGAUCCCACAGUCGUCCAUGGGCGUGCCCGUUGACGCAGAGUUUGAAGGGAAGACGAUGAACAAGGAGUUCUUCCAGGACUGGGGGAUCCAGCCCAGAGUCCGAUAUGGAGAUUUCCACGAGAACCGACCGUACAUCCCACCAAAGGACCCGUUCCAGGGGCAGAGCGUGACACAGACGUCUUAUAUCCCAAAAGCCGCUGAGCCUGUCAAGUUCUAUAAACCGGAAGAGAGACCAAUAUCCAAGAGCGGCGAGAUUAACUUUCAGACAGUUUAUCAGGAUGAGUUUCAGAAGAAACAGGCGCGGAUGUGCAGGGCUCAGGUGUAUCUGAUCCAACAGGAGCUGCGGAGGAGGAAGCGAGAGAAACAACAACAACAGAUGAACCAGCAGAAAACUCCGCAAUCUCCCGGCGGCAAAUGUUCCUCGGCUCCUCUCUCAACACACAAGCCCGUGCCCAACACAAAAGCUACGGCAUAACUGUCGUGUGAAAACAACACCUUAAAGCAAACUAUCUGCUGCAUAAUAUGUCUAGCGAAAGAUUUCUGGGAGUGACUGAUUUCUUUUGAAGCUAGUUCAAGGCAUGAUUUGUCCUUAAUUUUUAAAAAGUCAUCAACAGCAUUUUUUAUUGUCUUAUGGCCUCAAGGUGAUUUAAUAUGUGAGGGGGCGUAUAUAUAAAUUUUAUCAAUGUUAUAUGAACAGGAUUUUCUGUCAGCAAUGUCCUGUAUGACUUCCAUCAUGGUCGUAGAUUGGUGGGCACUGAUAGUCACUAAAUGUCCAAAUCUCUGGAGAUAAACAAGCCUUGUUUUGAGAUAUGAUUUCAGUUACGAACAAGAGCCCCUCUGAACGUUUUCUCCUAAUCAUUUAUAUAUGUAUAUGUGUGUGUAAGUGUGUGUAUGUAUUUAUUGAUACACCGUCUUUAAAGCAGUUUGUGAGUUUUUUAAUGUAAAAAUGUUUGUUCAUCUUAGAAGUGAUACGAGCAUUCCGAAAAAUCUUUCCACUAUCCUUUGUAACUUUUAUAGUUCUUCUUUGAGUAAAGCAUUUUUAUGGGUUAUCAAAUUGUCAUGCAUGUUACUCUUAUUUGGGAUCAUUGAUGUAUUUGUAACUUAUGUCCCAUUCUGGUAUAAUUGUAUAACUAGAGAGAAAAAGAGAGUGAAAAAAAGAGAGCGAGAGAAAAAGAGGGAGAAAGAGAGAGAGAGAAAGAUAGAAAUAAAGAGGCAGAGUGAACGAAAGAAUAAGAUAAAGGAGAAAGCAAGGGAUCGGAAGUGAGACAAAGGAAA